AUGGCGUUCUGCACUUUCAACGCAACGCUUGCAUCGGAAGCGUGCAUCGAAGAUCUGAUUAUGCAAACCAGGAAGAACGACGUCAUCGGACUGACCGAGACGAGAAGGCACCGCCCGUUGCAUGCCACAUUUGAAACUGGAGGAGAACUGUUCCUUGCAACAUGCGAGGCGUCGGCGGUGUAGGUGCCCUCGUCAACACUCCCUUGGCAAUGGACAUCGAUUCUUACGAAAGCUUGAUUGAAGCGAUUGAGAAGAUGUGGCUCAACUCCAGCUCCAACAAUCUUCCUUGUUUACGCGGCGCCAACACCGAGCUGCGAUGAAGAGCUCGAAGAGUUCUAUAUGGAUCUGGAGAAGCUCUACAGAGAGAACCACACUUUCUUCAAGGUCAUCGUCGGUGUUUUCAACGCCACGAUUCUCCCCAGAAGAGCGGCUGAAGAACUCCACAUCGGCACCCACGGAAUGGAAUGGAGUGAGGAGGGUGAAAGACUGUCCGAGUGUAUCAUGUCGACCCACACUAUCCAUGGUAACUCGCAGUUCCAGAAGCACUCUCAUUUCCGAUGGGCAUGGGAGUCACCUGGUAAGCAAUUCCAUAAUGGAAUUGAUCACAUCAUUGUCAAUCGAAAGUUUUGCCUGACUGACUUCGCUGUUGUUCCGAAGUUCUACACGGAAUCAGAUCAUCGUCUCCUCCGAGCUAGAUUCCGCUUUUCACGUUUUUCAGUACGUGAAGAAAGAGCUGCGAAGUUCAGGAAACGAAGUCCCAAGACUGUGGUCAAUUGA